GCGGCUGCGCAGGCCCCUCUGCAAGCCGGGCCAGUCAUGGUGAACCUGGGCCUGUCCCGAGUGGACGACGCUGUGGCUGCCAAGCACCCGGGACUCGGGGAGUAUGCCGCGUGCCAGUCGAGAGCCUUCGUGAAGGGCGUCUGCACCUUCGUCACAGGCACCGGUGCGACCCUCGGCCUGCAGAUGUUCUUCCAGAGGAGGUGUCCCUACCCUUUCCAGUGGAGCCUGCUGGUGGCCGUGGUCUCAGGCUCUGUGGCCAGCUACUGGGUGACAAGGGUGGAGUCGCAGAAAUGCAGCGACCUCUGGCUCUUCCUGGAGACAGGGAAGCUCCCCAAAGACAUGAGCACAGAUCAACGCACCUAGGAGAGCUCCAGCCGUGCAUGGGGGACUUGGGCAGGGGGCAUCCUGGAACACAGCCCUCAGUGUCCCCCAACCCCAGGCUGGCCCUCCCCACACCCCGGGGUGCCCCAGCCAUGUCCUCUGCACAUGUGCAUGGCCAGGCCGGACAAACCUGUGUGCACUGCCUCUGCCCCAGCGUGGGACCUGCCCCGGAGGGGGGAUCAGGAGGGCUCUCGCCGGGUGGUAUAACAGCGCAGCUUCAGGGCAGCAGGAACCAGGGUGGGCACCGUGAGCACACGCGUGUCUGGGGCCCGGGUGGAAGGACUUGCCCUGUCUGGUGCUUUAGCGUCCCCAUCCUGGCCCGGUACCCUCACAAGUCCAGGGUGACAGCUGGUGAUGGGGUCGGGGGGCUAAUAAAUGACUUGUCCCUUCUCCCACCUGAGCUCUAAACUGAGAAGCACAAGGGGUGAGAAGGGAGAUGAAAUGUCACCUUCAGGGCCACACAGCCACAUGUGAAGGUGACAUACCGACUUCACACCAAGGGAGUUCCUAACGCUGUGCCCAGGAUUAGACACUCCUCCCGGCCCUGUAGGCCGUGUGAGACCGCCAAGGCCUGUGGCCAGGGGUGGGAGGUGGGGACAGGGGUCUGAGUCUGUCCCACUUGCGCAGGAGCAGAGCAGAAGGGGUGGGGGCAGGGCCGGCUGCCGGACGUUCCAAGCCUACCGAUCAGGUGGAGCCGCCCCCGGGCGCUCCCCACCAGGCGGGCAGUUGGGGCGCUGUCCACCGAGGCACGCUCCUGAGCAGGCGCGCCACCCUCGGCACCCGGCCUGGCAAGAGGCGGAGAGGCUCGAAGCCUUGGUGAGUCAGUCAUGGGACGCUGGCCUCCUGGGGACAGGGAAGGCCACACAGGGCCGUGCACUCCAGCCCCGCUUAGCCUCGCCUGGGCCUGACUGGUUGCUCGAAAGAAUGUUACGGAGUACCUGGUGCGCCCUCCAAGUAGGCAGGAGGGCAAAGUGACAGAAAGCCCAAGAACGGGGCUUAAGCAAGUUAGAGCUUUUAUUUUUUCGUUCAUGUAAAAGUCCCAGUGGGUUGGCCAGGCUUGGCAAGGAGCUGGACCCCCACCCUUGUCCCUUGAGUCUGUCCCUGCUGUGAUGACCUCGCUUCCCAGAUCGCCUCCCGUGCCCACCUCGGGUCUCACGGCUGCACCAGCCUCUGCCGUUGCGUCUUCAUCCCAUUUAGCAGGAAGGAGGGGGGAGGAGGGCGCUCACCUGCCACUCCUGCUCACACACUUUGCCAGAACCAAGUCAUGAUCCAUCGAGUGCCAGGAUGCCCAGGAAGGCGACUGCCCCACUGAGACUUGGGCUUCUUGAUCUGGGAAAGAAGGGAAGGCCCAAACUGGGGGACAGCGGGUGGGCUCUGCCAGCAGGGCCACCAAGCUGGGCCCCUUAGAACCAGGGGAAGUGAUCGGACCACACCCUUGGCAGGUUCUGCCAGCCCCUGAGGGCAAGGCCUGGGAUGGCAGGGAGGGCAGGGGUGAACGUGGAGUUUUAGACUGGACUGGCUCUCUGAAAGUUGACCGUGACCAGAAACAUAGGGGAUCUGUGCGAGAGGUCACAGAGGAAGAUGGGCCCAUAGCAGCACAGGGGUGAGGGCUGAUUGUGCCCCCCAAUUCCUGUGUUGAAGCCCUAGCCCCCAGGACCUCAGCACGUCACUGUGUUUGGAGAUAGGGUCUUUACCGUGUAAUUGAGGUAAAAUGAGUUCAUGAGCGUAGGCCCUAAUCCAACAUGACAGGUGGCCUUCUAAGAAGUGGAGAUUAGGACCCAGACAUGCACAGAGGGACAGCCAUCUGCAGACCAAGGUGGAGGCCUCGGGAGGAACCAGCCCUGCCCACACCUUGAUCUCCGACUUCCAGC